UUCACUGACAGAAGGAAUCUCCACCACUAAAAAUAGUGUAGUGUAGUGUAGUGUAGUGUAGUGUAGUGUUCAGCGAUCCUUGUCCCAGUGUUUCUGUGCCACCACAGUUUAGUCCUGUCUUAGUUUAUGUUUUAUAGUCAAGUCCUAGUUCAUAGUUUGUCUUCUCGUCAUCAGACCUCGCUGCAUGUCUUUUGGAUCCCGUCUGGCCUAGCGUUUCUGUACCUCUGCCUUCUCGGACUGCUUGCACCUUGUAUGGCCCUGUUCCUUGAAUAAACCACGCGUAACAUCAUCCCCUCGUCUCGGAGUCCUGCGUUUGGGUCCAGCUUCACAUCCGAGCUUUGUGACACACGGUUACGAGGAGCCUGCUUGAUGCAUUUUCCAAAGUCUAAAACACAGUUUACGAAGUGUCUACGAUGGAUUAAGGCUCGCGGAAGAGCGAACGUACAACUAAAUGUGGACAAGAUCAACAAACACAAGGCUGUAUCUUCGAAGGAUAGAGCAGAGAAGCUCGUAGAUAUCCAAGCAGGCGCAAAAUGCUCAGACUGGAGACGCUCGCUUGCACUUUUUUGGCGCUGUGCAUCGCAGCCAAAGCAGAAUUGAAAGCGAGGAACUGCAGCGAGGUGAGGGAGGCUUGUGCGGCCAGGGGCUUCAUCUUCACGCACGUUCCCCUCCAGGAGAUCCCAGGUGAACAUCUGCGAGUGUGUCCACAGGGAAACACGUGUUGUACCCAAGAAAUGGAGGACGCCUUCGGCCAGCGCAGCAAGCAGGAGUUUGGUGACCUUGUCGACGAGAUGAGUCAUAAUUUGAGGAGCAUGUUUGUGUCCAGACAUCAGAGGUUUGAUGAAUUUUUCUUGGAGCUGCUCGAGAACACGGAGAGGUCCCUGAACGAGAUGUUUGUGCGGACGUAUGGCAAGCCUUACAUGCAGAACGCGGAGGUUUUCGAGAACCUCUUCGCCGAGCUUAAGCGAUACUAUACCGGGGGCAACGUAAACUUGGAGGAAAUGCUUAACGACUUUUGGUCACGGCUGCUGGAGCGCAUGUUUACGCUGCUCAACUCCCAGUAUGUCAUCACCGAGGACUACCUGGAGUGUGUCAGCAAAUACACGGAUCAGCUCAAGCCCUUCGGAGACGUGCCCAGGAAGCUGAAAGCUCAGGUCACCCGGGCGUUCAUCGCCGCUCGCACUUUCGUCCAAGGUCUCUCCGUCGGCCGCGAGGUGGCUCAGAGAGUCUCUAAGGUGAGCAGCACUCCAGCAUGCAUGCGAGCGCUGACCAAGAUGUCGUACUGCCCCUUCUGCCAAGGCAUGCCGGCCAUUAAGCCCUGCAAGAACUACUGCCUCAAUGUCAUCAAGGGCUGCCUGGCCAAUCAAGCCGACCUAGAGCCCGAGUGGAACCAUUACAUUGACGCCAUGCUGUUAGUGGCGUUGCGGCUGGAGGGACCUUUCAACAUCGAAUCCGUCAUGGACCCCAUUGAUGUCAAAAUCUCGGAGGCCAUCAUGAAUAUGCAAGACAACAGCGCCCAGGUCUCCUAUAAGGCUUUUCAAGGUUGCGGCCAGCCAAAGCCCUCAGGAAUGAUGAGGUCUGCCCGUGGCGUUCCGGAUGUGUUCAACGCCCGCUUCAGGCCCUACAACCCAGACGAGCGUCCCACCACGGCAGCUGGCACGAGCCUAGACAGACUGAGGAUUAUUUGGAAUACCAUGCAACACAGCGUUGUUGACAUAAAGGAGAAACUGAAGCAAUCCAAGAGAUUUUGGUCCGGUCUCCCUGAGGAUAUGUGCAGGGAGACCCGACUGGCCGCUGGGAACGCCUCCGAUGAGCAGUGUUGGAAUGGGCACACUAAGGGAAGGUAUUUCCCGGAAGUGGUGAUGGACGGACUGACCAACCAGGUCAACAACCCCGAGGUCAACGUGGACAUCACCCGUCCGGACACGCUCAUCCGCCAGCAGAUUAUGGCUCUCCGAGUCAUGACCAACAAGCUGAAGAACGCCUACAACGGCAACGAUAUCUACUUUCAGGACUCAAGCGAUGAGGGCAGCGGUUCAGGCAGCGGAAGCGGCUGCACGGAGGCCUGCCCCACGGAGGCGGACGAGGCCGCCCCCGAAGCCCCGGUCGUGGAGGCCGACCGCAGGGGUCCGGUGGACGGCGCUUCUUCACCCCCCGAGGCCCACGCGGGCCUUGUGACCGCUUUGGCCCUCUCGGCUGUGCUGCUCCAGGUACAGCGGAGAUAAUGCAGGGGAAAGCGGCUCAGGGGUGAGCGUCGCCGGACACUAUUCAGGCUGACGAGGUCAAAGUCAGUCACGCGUCGAUUUUUCCCACCUUCCCAAAGAAUGCACAUCCACUGACGUGAUACUUCACCGCAUCGUUCCUCUGUCCGA